AUGCCAGAGACAAACUUGAGGAUAUUUCCUUCACCACUGACAAUUGACUUAUCAGGUGUUUAUUUUCGUCCUGAAGGCUUAGGCAACAAAUAUAUAUGCGGCUGGAGUCCACCUGAAGAUGAAGAUGUAAAAAGUGACAAUUUAGAUGUUGAUUAUAGUGUAUUUGAAGAAAAAAUUUGGCCCGUAUUAGCUCGACGUGUUCCAAGUUUUGAAACAUUAAAAUUAAGAAAUGCAUGGGCUGGCUUUUAUGAUUAUAAUUAUUUUGAUCAAAAUUUAAUUAUUGGUAGUCAUCCACGACAAAAUAAUUUUAUAUUUGCUAAUGGUUCAAGUGGUCACGGUUUACAGCAUGCACCUGCUAUUGGACGAGCAAUUUCAGAAUAUUUAAUCGAUUCAAAUUUCAAAUCAAUUGAUCUUUCACGAUUUAAUUUUCAACGUGUUAUGAAUAAUACACCUAUCUUUGAGCCAAUGAUUGUAUGA